CACGCGGGGAUCGGAGAUCUUAUCAGAAACGUCGUCGAUGCUGCCAAGUGAUUGUCUGCUGAGGCUAGAAGUUUUUAUAAAAAAAAUGUAGAAAGAUUCAAAUUAGAUACAAAUAUUUUGUAAUAAACUUGUAAGAAGAAAUUUAUGUGUUUUUUACGUGCGGAGUAAUUGUGCAGUGAAAUUUUGCUUGAACGAGGACGAUGAGUUUGAAACAAGAGAAAGACAAAUGUAAAGACGAAGUUAAAAGUUUCACGACGAUCGCCCGCUGCAAAACUGAGUGCUAGUUUAUUAAAAAAACGGGAAAGGAUUGCAUUCUGAUCUCGCCAAUUCCUAUUGAUCGGAGAGAAAAUGGCGAACGGUGGGCACGGGGUGGUCGUGAACGGGCUGGGUGCACCUGGUACCGGCACUCUUUCCAGGGAGGAAAGACGUCGACGCAGAAGAGCGACGCAAAAAUAUCGAACUGCACAUGCCACGAGAGAAAGGGUUCGAGUGGAAGCUUUUAACUUGGCCUUCGCAGAGCUUCGGAAGCUUCUGCCGACGUUACCACCGGAUAAGAAACUGUCGAAAAUCGAGAUCCUCCGGCUGGCUAUCUGCUACAUCGCCUAUUUAAACCACGUCCUCGAGACUUGAGCCAACCGCGAGCUAUUCUAUUUUUCCAGAGCCUAAUCGCGUGUCAUCUGGUAUGACGCGAACAAUUUUUAAUUAGGAGAAAAUACAUGGAUCUUCCAAAACUGGAUAUUUUAUAAACAUGCAUAAUCUAAUGGUUUAUAAAUAAUCUCGUCGAUUUUUAUUAUUCUUGUUAACAGAAUAUUCGUAUCUAUGAAUUAUAAAUCUAUAUCAAAUUAAUAUGAAUGAUUUUCUUAUUCUCUGUUAAAUACGACGAGCAGAUCGUAACUUAUACAUAUAAUACGAAAGGGGCGGAAAAUGGAGCAAGAUGUAUACAUAUGUAUAUCCUUCGUCACAAUUUCAGUCUAGAGUGUAAAAUAAAAAUAGAGUAUUAUGCGUUUAAAUUCAGAUCUCCAGGAAUUGUAAAAUAUGAAUCCUCUUGAUACGAAUAAACGAUAAU